GUGUUCCUUUCAUAUAAUUAACCCAGAACAUAUCUAUGCACAGAAGAAAAAGAGAACAAACUAAAUUAAAAUUUCGUUAAAACGUGGGUGAGCGAAAUUUCGAUGUAUGAGUUUUUGAACCAUUUCGAGGUGAAUAUUUUAAAGCCAUCUUUUAGGUUUUUAGAAAGAUAGUGCAUCUUUUAACCGACUUUAAAAUCGAAAAGGAUGAAGUUAUAGAUAUGUUCGGUGAUAUAAAUUUUUUUAUAGUUUAUAAUAAAAAUAUAAUAAAAUAAACUGAAAUAUUAUCUACGGAAAUAUAACUUUUUUAUAUUAAAACUUUUUACAUAAUUUGAAAAAGUCUAGUGUCCACUUUUGUUUGUUCAACCUUUUUGAUAAAUCGUCACAUAAUUUUAACUGUCACAAUUCAAAUUUUAAAAUUUAAGCCUUUGGAGACUUUCUAAAAUAUUUUGUUUUGCUCUCAGUUUGAAGUUUGGUGCCGUUCUGUUGGGAUCGGUUGAAUAAAAGUAAGAAAUAUUUAUUUUUAAGUAAUUUUAAAAUGCGUGAGUGCAUAUCUAUACACGGAGGACAAGCGGGUGUACAGAUUGGAAAUGCCUGCUGGGAGUUAUAUUGCUUGGAGCAUGGAAUCCAGCCUGACGGGCAGAUGCCCUCAGAUAAGACGGUAGGCGGUGGUGACGACUCCUUCAACACAUUCUUCAGUGAGACCGGAGCAGGAAAACACGUGCCGAGAGCUGUAUUCAUAGACUUGGAACCGACCGUCGUAGACGAAGUGAGAACCGGAACCUACCGUCAGUUGUUCCAUCCGGAGCAGCUCAUCACGGGGAAAGAAGAUGCCGCCAACAACUACGCACGCGGUCAUUAUACGAUCGGCAAGGAGAUCGUAGAUCUAGUCCUCGACCGCGUACGUAAACUCGCUGACCAAUGUACCGGCCUGCAGGGGUUCCUCAUCUUUCAUUCGUUCGGCGGUGGUACUGGUUCUGGUUUCGCCUCCCUUCUUAUGGAGCGUCUCUCUGUCGACUACGGCAAAAAAUCAAAGCUAGAAUUCGCCAUCUACCCCGCCCCUCAAAUCUCCACAGCCGUCGUAGAACCCUAUAACUCGAUCCUAACGACGCACACGACACUAGAACAUUCCGAUGCCGCCUUCAUGGUUGACAACGAAGCUAUCUACGACAUUUGCAGAAGAAACUUGGACAUAGAGAGACCUACUUACACUAAUUUAAACAGACUGAUUGGGCAGAUAGUGUCAUCUAUAACAGCGUCACUGAGGUUUGAUGGCGCUUUGAAUGUAGACUUGACAGAGUUUCAGACAAAUCUGGUGCCAUAUCCACGUAUUCAUUUUCCACUAGUAACAUAUGCGCCCGUGAUUUCUGCAGAGAAAGCAUACCAUGAGCAAUUGUCUGUGGCUGAAAUUACGAACGCCUGUUUCGAGCCCGCAAACCAGAUGGUGAAGUGCGACCCUCGUCACGGAAAGUAUAUGGCUUGCUGCAUGUUGUACCGAGGAGAUGUGGUGCCAAAAGACGUGAACGCAGCGAUCGGGACCAUUAAGACAAAACGUACGAUCCAGUUCGUAGACUGGUGCCCGACUGGAUUUAAGGUGGGUAUAAACUACCAGCCACCGACGGUAGUGCCAGGUGGAGAUUUGGCCAAGGUGCAGCGUGCUGUAUGUAUGCUGUCAAACACGACUGCCAUAGCAGAGGCAUGGUCGCGUCUUAACCAUAAAUUUGACCUGAUGUACGCCAAGCGAGCCUUCGUACACUGGUACGUCGGUGAGGGCAUGGAGGAAGGAGAGUUUUCAGAGGCUCGUGAAGAUUUAGCUGCCCUUGAGAAGGAUUACGAAGAAGUGGGUAUGGACUCCGGUGAGGGCGAAGGUGAAGGCGGCGAGGAAUACUAAUUUUUUUUGUUAUUUAUAGGACUAUUUCGUUUCAUUUAGGGCUAAAAUGUUGUAAUUAUGAAUGUAGCAAUGUUUAAUUUAAAUUGAUAAAUGAUAAAUAAAAUUAUGAAAGUGAUCUUGUACUUUGGAUUUUGUUUUCCAUUUUAUCGUUUUAACAUUCCUAAACGGUACAGUAGUGCUGCUGCAGGCAUGCCUAAGUUAUGAAAGUGGAUCUGCAUAUUUUGGUCUGUUAUAAAUUGUCAUUGGCUAAACAUAACCAUUAAUGCGGUUAGAACUGUUAGACUUCUUCAAUCACUGAAUAUCCACUGGGCCAAAUCUAUUAAGGAUCAAGUGAUUUUUCUUUAAAAUAUAUUCAUGAAAUUCAUUAUGGAUCUGUGCCAUGAUUCAAGUGCUAUCUGUACAAUGGCUUUCUGAGAUUAAAGGUCUCAUUAGAUCCCUUUUACUUAAUUUAUAAAUUAUAGAUGGACUAUAUUCUAUGAUAUUUAUUAACUUAUCUCACAAAACAAGUUACAGUAAACAUAAUAUAAAUAAAUGUAUACAAUUAGAAAUCAUCCAUACGGU